UUAAUCCAACAAGCUAUAUGGACCUUCUGAACGAGGGGAAGAAAAUAAGGAAGCCAGCCACUAAGAAAUGAAGCUUCACUCUCCUUUGUUAUAGGGUUUAUGAGUAGCCUCGCUUUCAAUCUCUCUUCCUGAUAUAUCUCCGGCAAUACAACUCCACCUUGUUGGGUUUCGGCUCAGAUCGACUCCCGGGGAGACAAGAUGUUUGGGAGUAUGAUUCGGUACUUUUCAACGAAACCCAAGCCGAAAAUGAAGCCAAUCGAGUUGAAAACGUCGCCAGAGCAAACGCAGACCAUAACCAGAGUCAUCUUUGACAUUCUCAAGGAGCAUGGGCCCCUCACCGUCGGUGAUACUUGGGAACGAGUCAAGGAGGUUGGAUUGAGAGGACUUACAAGCAAGAGGCACAUGAAGAUCGUGCUGAGAUGGAUGAGAGAGAGACAAAAGAUUAGGCUAAUAUGCAACCAUGUGGGGCCUCACAAACAAUUUCUGUAUACAACUUGGUUCACUAAACCAAGCAUUAGCCACACAAGAGCUGUCCAUAAUUCCUCAACUUCUACAACUAGUUUUUCUGUCCAUACUUCUAGUCCAAAGUUGUCUUCAGGUUAGGUUGUAGUACGCUUGUGCUGGCUGCAGUACCAUUGAUUUCAGGACAUGUACUGUUUUUUGCAACAGUGUAAUACAAUUGUUCUGUUGUCAUGUUGUGGAAAA